UGUCAGUGAAUGUAGUUUGAAAGUAAAUAUCACCUGUUUGUUUAGUUUUUCUGUCGAAAAACAUUGAAAACUUAAAGUUUUACUUAAUUAAUAACUGAAAAACUACUGCUAAACAUAAAAUUGUCGUGCCAAAGUGUAGUUAUGAUAUUUUCAAAAUGUUAACGCCAAAGUUCAAAUUGUCACAAGAUGAGAAUCACGUAUAUAUUAUUGUGCAUGCGCCCUACACGAAUAUCCGCGAAACAGAAAUCGAUGUGGACGGGGAAAAUUUCUUGUUCGUGUCAAGUCCUUAUUUCCUCCGGCUCCGGCUUCCGGGACGGAUAGUUGAGAACGAUAAUGCUAAAGGCUCUUACAUUUGUGAUUCGGGCGACUUUAACCUCACCUUUGAUAAAGAAAAUCAUGGUGAGCACUUUGAAAAUCUAGAUAUGAUAACAAGUUUACUGGCUCCUCGUGAUAUACCAGAUUUGAAUCCUACUUUAGUGGAAAUGUUGGAAGAAAGUGGUAUUACUGGUGAAGAGCAGGGUGCGUCUUGCAGCAAAAGCGACGGGUAUACUACAGAAAGCGACGAUGAUACUACUAAUUAUGCUUACGGCUUUGGUAACAAGGUCUGUGUGGAGUUCGGGGAUCUGGCUAAAGAAUUCCCACAUGUUUUCGAACUGAAGGAGCCCGAUCGUGUACCGAUCGCGAACAGGCACGAACUACGCAUCAAAUAUGAAAAUCGCAAGUUUUCCAAUGAUCAUUACUUAGCUGAUUUCUUUGAAGAGGAACUUGAUAUUUACAUCAAUUUCGAAGUGUUCUGGAGAAAUGAGAAUUUCAAUGUUGAAAGUAUAGAGUUCACGGAUGAUGAAAUUUCAUUAUUGAAAGAUUUACCGAAUAAGAGUUACCUGCUGAGUAAAAGUGAAUACAACCAAGUAAUGCUCGGGCUUGUUGAUAUCUUGUACGGUUAUUGCUAUGACAAGCAUACCACUCACAAUGAAACAUCCGUCGAAUCCACUUGGACAAUCAACAAGCUCUCUGCAACAUUGAGCUGGUUUUGUGUAUUUAAGGAACCCAAGGAGGUUUUAAUAUCAAGUUACAGAAGAUCUCUCGUCUAUCCUAUCUUCAGGAAUUUUGAUUUGAGCAGAAAUGUGCAUGAUGACUUGAUAUCAUUGCUCAGAAAGGGCAAGAUGUUUAUCGUAAAAUGCCUCUUAGAAAUCUACAAUCUAUUCAACACAUCAAACCAACCUCGUUACAUACUUAACCAACUUUAUAUAAAAGAUUACCUGAUUUUCGUACAGAAAUGUAGACAGGAGGAACUGGACGAGUUGUGUAAUAACUUAGCCAAUAUUGAUAUUGAGAAAAAAGAUGUCGGUUUUGAUCUAGAGGAAAUAGAAGAGGCUGGAAAAUUGGUAGAAAGGGAGGAAGCACUCAUUAUACAGAAUGAAUUAGCAUGCAAGUUGGCGAACAUUGAAUUAAUACCAGGAAUAAAGAAGCCACCAUAUUUUGAUGUCACCACACUAUUUAAUCCCAGUUCAAGCGAUUCCAGCAGCGACAGCUCUUCAAGUGAUUCAUCGAGUGAUUCACUUGAUUCUGAUGAUGAUUCCUCCUGAUAUGAAAGCUUCCAGGGUCCAAGUGGCAAAGGCUUGUAAAGUCACCAUUUAAACCCUGGAAAGCUUGGAAAUGCUACAAUGAAAACAUAGGAGUUGGGUCUCUAUUGGUUCGGUAUUCAAGUCAUCGAGUGGAUGUUUCCGAAAUAACAAUAUGGACACUAAAUAUAGUGUUAAAAGAUUCAAAUAUAUGCUUAUACUCCAAUUUACACCCCAUCCAGUGCAAAUUUAAUAGAUUGAAAAAAAAAACUUUAAAGAUUCUUAAUACAUAAUCAUAUUAGUAUUUCAAAUGUUAUCUUGGCUGUAAAAUUAAAUUAAAAAUAUUAAUUAUGCAUUUAAAUA